GUACUAACUCUCAACUAAAAGUUACUAAUUGGUAAGGUCUUUGAAUUGAAAUUGCACCAUUGCACGAUGACGUUUAAACGUUCAAAACGAUUCAAAUGUUUUUUCUUCUGCUUCUGCUGUUACCGCGCAUUUGAUUCUGACAUUUUGUCAGUGACAUCUUUUCUGAGCAGUGUGUAGAACGGGGUAUUUUGAAUUCGGUUGGUAAUCUAAUGUUGAUAAUUAAUGAAGGGUGAAAACUUGGUAAGAAGUAUUUGGUGAAAAGAACAUUCACAGAAAGCACUCUCGCGGCGAUGCUACGGAGAGAUAUAGAAAAGGUUAUGUCCCAUGGCGAAUAGUGAGAACUGGGAACCAGGCUGCAGAAAGUAUUUUCCCAUCAGAAAACACCAGGCAGUUUGUUAUUAUAAAUGCUUAAUAAAUUGAGUCAAAGUACUGGAUAAAGCAACCAAUAAGCACGUUGUCAUGGCUCAACGGGCUGCAUCCUCUGGAAAUUCGUCUUAUAUGUUUGGACCACUUACGUUUCCUGCCUUUGAAUCGUCGUCGAAAUGUAAAUCUCAGUUCGUUGGAUUGGACGACGAUCCUCAAGAGACGAAAUGUUUUCUUUGUGAAGCCAGCUACGUCCUACCCGAUAAUCAAAAGGAGAUGCUGACGCACAUAUUCAACGAGCAUAGAGUUGUUAUUGGAGAUGUGGAAAAAAUCUCAUCCCUUAAAAGCUACAUUCACUACUGGAGAGUAAAAUUUCGGGGAGCACCGUUAACGGAAUUCUGUACCUCUCUGUUGAUGGAUUGCACUCCUGACGGUAGACCGAGUAAAAACGAGCCUUAUUUCUUACUGUCGGACUGUAUAACCGAAGACAAAACUCUCAGAUCUGAAAUUCAGCAGGCUAAACUGGAAUGGAUUUUGGCGCAGCAAGCAGAAGAGAGAAUGGACACAAACUUUAAAAGAGGCUGCAUGUUUUGUCGAACGGAAUUUACAGGCUCCCGUAGCUCUUAUCUACAGCAUCUUUCUAACAAGCAUCAUCUGCAGCUCGGAAGACCAGAGAACUUAGUUUUCAUUGAUAAAUUGCUGGACAAGCUACAGAGCAAUGUUGAAAAACUGACUUGUAUCUAUUGCGAAGGGGUGUUCAAAGAUCGUAUGGUACUGAAGGAACACAUGCGGAAAAAACUCCACAAGCGUGUGAACCCCACUAAUAAGGAGUAUGACAAAUUUUAUGUCAUUAAUUAUUUGGAACCUGGCAAAAGUUGGCAGCAAAUGCAGAACGAUAGCGAUAAUCCCGAGGAACCGACCGGCUUUAGCAGUGGCAGCGAAGACGGUGAAAGUGCAUGGUCGGAUUGGGACGAAGAAAGUGCUGACGUAGUUUGCUUAUUUUGUCCACACAAAAACUGUGAUUUUCCUGCAAUCCUUGACCACAUGAUUCAGGAGCAUCGAUUCAACUUUGAAGAAGCCACGAAAGACUAUGACUUCUACCUGCGGGUGAAAAUCGUAAACUUCAUUAGACGACAAAUCCACAUACAGAAGAAGUGCGUAUUCUGCGAUGAGGCACCAAAAGAUCUUGGAGAACACAUGAGCAAAUUGUCGCACUGCAGAUUACCCGUUCGUCGCAUUUGGGAUCAGCCGGAGUAUUAUUUUCCAACGUACGAAAAUGAUUCGUUUCUCUACAACCUCCAAGUGAAUGGCGACGACGACGAUGAUUCUGGUGUGGAAAAUUUGUCUACAGAGAUGAAAAAUCUCUGAGGGUUUUAGUUUAUCAAGAGGAAUACUCUUCGUUUUUCGAUUAUUUAAUCAAUUUUCUAUUUAUUAGCAAAGUUGAUAAAUUAGCCGUAAAAUAUACAGAACUAUUUUUAAAGGAGCUAGCUGUUUUUACAACAAUCCGGUUGUUGCGUUAUCACAGAUCGACGUUAUCACUUAUAGUCAAUAAAUAUUUAAUAAAUCAUCA